UUGGUGGCCGAUUUUAUGCCCCAUGAAACUCUCACUAAGCAUCUUUUUCACUGGGAUGCUCAACCAGUGAAAUGGGCCAUGAGAUUGAGGGUGGCUUUGCAUCUGACACAAGCUCUGGAGUACUUUAGCAGCAAAGGGCGUGCAUUGUAUCACGAUCUCAAUGCCUACAGGGUUUUAUUUGAUCAGGAUGGCAAUCCCAGACUAUCUUGCUUUGGCCUCAUGAAGAAUAGCAGGGACGGCAAGAGUUACGGUACAAACUUAGCAUUCACUCCUCCGGAGUACCUGAGAACUGGUAGAGUAACACCAGAAAGUGUGGUUUACAACUUUGGAAUGUUGUUGCUGGAUCUUCUGAGUGGAAAACAUAUACCCCUAGCACUUGAUCUAAUUCGUGGCAAGAAUUUUCUGAUGCUUAUGGAUUCUGCUCUAGAGGGUAAUUUUUCAAAUGAUGAUGGAACUGAACUUGUGCAUUUAGCCUCCCACUGUUUGCAGUAUGAAGCACGUGAGAGACCAAAUGCAAAGUCUCUUGUCACUUCUUUCAUGUCUCUUCAGAAAGAAACAGAGAUUUUGGGAGAUGAAAAGAGUGGAAAUGGAUUAUGCAAACAAUGAUAUUCUUGGAAAAGCAGUUGAGAAGAGUCUUAGCAGCAUUCUAGCAAGUGAGUUUUAUUUAAAGAUGCGUGUUAGAUUUAAAAUUGUUCAAAAAUCUUAUUAUUUGGAUAGAUUGAUAUGGUAAAUAACUUAAAUGUAUUGAAAACUAUAUUUUAUGUUAUAAGAGAAUUUGAAAACUAAUAUUGGUGGGGCUUUAGUAUGAUUUAUGCUUACUUAGUUGUGGCAGAGGAAUUGGUUCGUAAUAAUUAGUUGGAGGAUACCAAUAGGGUUCUCUUGUGGGGUGGUGGUUUAUUCUUGUCCCAUGUGCCUUUUUUUUUUAAUUUUUUUUAUGGAAUAUACGUGUACAAGUAAUGUUAGCAUUUUCUUUUUUAUAAGUUGAUGCAAUGUCUUGAGAUUAUUCCUUUUAAGGUUGAGGACUUCAGUUGUAGUUGUCUGAGUUAUGAUUGAUGUUUACAAUAGUGAUUGUAUAUAAUUGCUGCAUAUAUAACAUGUUCAGUUACAUUUUAAUUGUAGUCAUAAGGUUUCUUGUUCUACUGAUUUUCUUUAUUGAUUAAGAUAAUAUAUAAUGUAUUUUCUUAGUUAUGCAUAUACAUGAACUGUUCUAAUAGGUGAUAAUAAAUAAAGCAAUCUACAUUUGUUUUGAUAUGAGUUUUUGCUGCUAAACAAUCUAAGGGCUUCUCUUUUCUUCACUCCAUCCCA